UCGGGUUGGCAUGCCCAACAGCUGUUAGGCACUGAUAACAUUGAAAUAGACUCGCCGCUAAAUCGUUCAGUUAAAAAUUAAAACCUGUCAAGAUCAGCCAGUAUACCCAAAAAAUGCAACCUACCAAAUCGGAUUCGCGGCGCCGUCUAAACGCUGGCAGCUCCUCGCAACCAGCCCCGGACUAUAUCAAGGUGGUGGAGUCAGUGUCGGAGACGGAUGGAUUUAUCAAUGAGCAGUGGGUAGAACCAGCGCUCCCAAGGCCGGUACCCUGGAAAACCAUUGUCAUUAUCCUAACCCUGUUUUGUGGCGGCAUAACCUGCAUCACAUUUGCCACUCUGGAUUGGCUGACGGACACGGGAAGGGAGCGUUCGGAUCGGGUUUGGGCACUGACCAUUAUCGGGACUCUGACCAUUAUUCCUGGUGGUUACUACGUGUAUGUGCUAUCGUGCAUCCUCCUCAACCGUUCCGGAUUCACCAUGGACGACAUACGAAGACUCGGAUGAGAGAAGCUCAAUGAGAAUAUUUUACAUUUCGUCAAAUAGAGUUUAUUGCAUUUACACUACAAUUAUUCACACAUUUCAUUGGCAUAAUUUCUUUAGCAACAAUCUUAAUUUUUAGUUUAUAAUGAUACAUGUGUAUUGCCCCAGUAAUUGUUGUAUAUAAAAAUAUUUGUAAAUACGA